UAAUAUCAAUCGCAGAAAAAAAAAACAAACCAACCAAGUGAUCGUCAGCAAAAUAGGGUUGCCUGCCCUUGAGAUUAGGAAUGGGAUGAAGUACAUAAAGCUCAUCAGAAGAUGGCCGAUUCACUAAGUUUAUUUCAGCAGUUGCCGGAUUCUGUUCUCCUGCACAUUUUCUCCUUUCUGGAUGGAGUGACUCUUACCAUAGCAUCCUCUGCCUGUGUGCAAUGGAACAGAGUGGCCAGUGAUGAAGUCUUGUGGAGAGAUUUGGUGACAAGGGUUAUAAAGAAGAAUGCCCCGCUUGCCCAAGACAAGAUCAGCUGGAGGGGAGAGUACAAGCGCCUCCUGUACCACGUCCCCACCGAGCUGUCACAGGAAGUGACCGGCCAUACAGAUGAGGUGUACUUCCUGUCGUUUUCUCCCAGUGGACGAUACCUAGCUUCUGUAGGGAAAGAUGGAACAUGCCGGGUAGGGUUGCUUCCCUUACAAACCUCAUUGUAA